GCGUCUGCAAUAAAAUACUCAGAUUCUCCAACAGAAAGUGACAAGGUCAUGGAGCUGUCAGAAGAGGUGCCUGAGGGAGCUGAGAAAGCUGCAGAAGAACGUGAAAACAUCAAAGAACUGAUCAUAGAGAGAGAGAGAGAGAUCAAGGAAUUUCCUGCAGUAUCCAUUGAAGAUGAGUCAGUUGACAAGGAGCAACAUUCUGAGACAGUAUCCAAUGAGAAUCCCAGCGCAACAGAUUCAGAAGUGCAAACUGAAAAAGCGAACCUAGAGGUUGAGGAAGAUUUCAGCAAAGACCCUGAAGGAUCUCCCGUUAUAAAAGCAAUGGAAGAAGAGAUGCUACAGAAACAGGGUAGUGAGAAGAAAGCGGACGUCUCCAGCUCUGUAUCUGAAAUAUCAGAAGAAAUUAAGGAGGAGGUCAUAGAAGACGCGGACACUUGCUCUAACAAUAUUGAUACUGCAUCUGAAAAGAGGAAACAGAACAGACAAGCUUGCAGGAAGCUCAGCUGGAUGACAAGCAUAUAAAGAUCAUUGAGACUAGUUCAGAAGAUAAGACAUUGCAAACAAACACCGCAACUGAAACUAGUCCACAUGGUGAAGAAGUUGACAGAGUUAAGCUUGAAGAAACCUCUGAAGGGGUGUCUCAACUUCCAGCUAUUGCAUGUGAGAACAGAAACAAGGAGAGUGAAAUUCUGGAAAGGCCACAAGUAGAUGAUGCUGAAGAAAUUAAGCAAGCAACUGAAAGAUGAGGAUUGGACAUGGAAUAACUUAAAUACAUUAUGCUGAGCAAUAGGAUCCAUAUCCAGUUCCGUGAUGGAAGAACAGGAAAACAGAUUUCUGGUGAUGAGUCCACACAAGGUUUAGACAGUAUUGCUGAAGUCGUAGUUACCGUCUUUCAAAGAAAUACGAGGAGAACAGCUUUUCAAGAACAGUUUUUUUUGUACAGCUAAUAAUGAUCAACAUGGUACUGAAGGCAACAGCAGUUUGAUCAGGAGGUGAAGAUGAAAGCCUACAGGUUUAUACAAAGCUGAAAACACAUAUUCAAUGACCUAUGGCAGUGGAUAUUUUCUUCAGAACAUGAUACAUUGGAUUUUAUAUUAAAUGAAGGCAAAAUAAAGGAAUCAACUCCGCGGUUGUUUGAAGAGAUGAAGAAGCAGAUAAUUACAGGAGCCUGAACUAUUUCUGAAAGUGUUACUCAGAAUAAGAAACUGUCCCGUUUCCAGCUAUAUUCAUCAGUAGAAAAUAAUGAAGCAUCCGAUUAUUUGUAGAAACGUGCCGCUGUUCACGGGCAUUUUGAAUACGGUGUGCAGUUGAGUUGAUAAUUCGUCAUCUGAUAGCGCUAUCCCUAAAAGUCCUAUAAACUAAACAGCAUCAAAGGUGCCAAUCUUACCACAAUGGAAGAUGUCCAGAAUAGUCUUAAUGCAAUAGAACCUAGUCUUUGUGGAAGGCUAAGCGAUGUCGAGGGCUACAUAAUGCCGAUCAUCUUCCCAAGCGUUAUUUUCUGUGGCUGAGUUGUUUUUCUGAAGCUGAAACACAAGGACCCUCUCAAUAAGGCCGCCUCUGUGAAUCUUGCUCAGCAUGCUCAUGAGUAAUUUCGGUGAAUUAUUGUAGCAACCAGAAUACAGAUUUCUAAUGUGCCAAAAGAGGGCAGAAUGCAUUUUGGGGUUCAACACCAACACUGCAGUCCCAAUCACACCUCCAGACUCCACUCCAUCAUGGCAACCUUACUACAUACACCUUCUCCUCUAUUUACUUCUUUGAUUGGGAACUUACUGUUUUAAAUUGAAUUUUGAAACCAUUGUUCAACUGAA